AUGUCUGGCAAGGGUUCUGGCAAGUCUAAGUCUGGCAAGGCCGCCACCGAGGCCUCUGGCAAGUCGCAGUCCCGCUCUGCAAAGGCUGGCCUCCAGUUCCCCGUUGGCCGUGUUCACCGUCUCCUCAAAAAGGGCAACUACGCUCAGCGUGUCGGCGCUGGUGCUCCAGGUGUGUACUUUUUCGACGAAAAUGGCGUGCUCGACCAGGAGGGAUUUGAGCGGUGGGUUGGCGGUGCGGUUGCGGCGGUCAUUGAGGGUAAACACAACUAG